UAUUUGAUCAAUGUGGCUAGUCUUGGUAAGACUUUAUCAGAAGCAAGGAAAAAUCUUAACGAAAUUCAAAGCUCGCGAACAAGACGAACUGUGGAUGAAAGCAUGCAUAAUAGCAAUGUGUACGUUACGGCAAAAGUCGAAGCUGGCCUGGUGCCUUUGAUGUUUAAAGUUGGCAGAGGAGAAAUUGAGAAUGGUUACAUAAACAAGCCAUUAAUAAAUGGUCAUUACUAUGCUUUUUCUGUCAAAUCCUGCGUACUUAGUGAUAAAGGGCUUUGUCUUGGUACGACGACAAAAUUUACGGAACCAGUAAAGUUUAUCCCUGUUGUCGUCAGUGCUUUGGAGAGCGAUAACAAUAAUAAUGGUCUUAGUAUUUGGCUUCUUGGUCCAAUAUUAGGCGUCUUGAUUGUUCUGAUUGUUUUGGUUCUUGCAUGUCUUUUGUGUCGAAGGCGUACAAAGCGACGUAGAAAUGGACUUAAAUUUCUGAAAAAAACAGUGAAUGAUGAAGAAUUACCUAUGAUGAUGACAACUAAAGAUCCAGUUGAAUUACAGCGAUUAAAUUUAGCAAGUGAAGGAAUGCGUGAACACCCUCCAGUUGAUGUUUGCAAUCUUCGCUCUACUAUAGACGAAUUACGUUCAGACAACCGCUUCACCAGAGAAUAUGAGUCCAUUGAUCCCGGUAUGACAUUUGUAUCUGAAGCGUCUGCUCGUCAUUUGAAUCAAUCCAAGAAUCGCUAUCCGAACAUUGUUCCUUGUAAGUUGUUCACGUAUUAGCUCGUGAUGACCCCUUUUG